AUGGAGAGCACUCUAGGAACUCCACCAAGGCCAACAUCCGCCGGGACUGCCAGUAGCAACAGUCCCGGAGCCGCUGGUAACUCGCCCUCACCACAACCUCUGCAAACCAGAAAGAGAAGCGGUUCCGGCGGUGGGAUCCUGUCCAGGCUUCCCUUCAUGCGCACCACGGAAAGCAAGUCAAACCUUAAAGAGUCGCGACACGUCGACGUUGCCGAGGACGCCCUGCACCGGUCACCGCGCGCCCUGGCACCGCCGGAAAGUAAUGGCCACCAACCAGCCAAGACUCGGCGCCGGAGAGGCUCGCUGAGAAAAGUUGCGCUUCUCGGCCGCGGCAUGCAGAGGGAAAGAAGGGAACUCAGGCCAAUCAUACCCAUGGACAAUACCUCGACCCACGCCGGAGCAGUAACCCCAGCCCUCGGGGUGCAGACAGGGACCGACGGCGCAGCAGCCGAGGCGGCAGAGAUUGUCUCCAGCCCAGUCUCGAUGGAUUCUCCCGGUAUUGGCUUGGGAAUUUCCGACGAUAAUACACCACGCGCGUCUGUCGACGGGUUCAUGCGCCGAAGCGAUAUACUUGAGCGACCGCCGCCUCGACCGGAGCCAGAACCCCAAGCCACGAGCCCGACAAUAUCCUACACGUCGACCGAGGACGAGGAAGAUGGAAUAUCACUCAAGCAGUAUGCUCCAUCGCCAUUGCGCCCCGGCUUGACUGGUCACUCUUCGGGGUCCGAAUCUUAUUUCAAACCUGCCCGCGCUCCCUCGCUAUCUUUACAACGACGACGCUCGGUCAAGCAUACCAAAUCACCACUUUCUCUCUCGGGUCUGACGGCAUCACCGCUCCCAGCACCUCCCGAGGAGUUUGACUAUUCCGAGACGGAAUGGUGGGGAUGGGUUAUUCUAAUUGUCACAUGGAUCGUGUUUGUGAUUGGAAUGGGGAGCUGUUUCGGCGUAUGGAGCUGGGCUUGGGACGUGGGCACAACCCCAUAUGCACCACCAGAACUUGAAGAUGAUCCAACCUUGCCUAUAACAGGGUAUUAUCCAAGUUUGAUGAUUCUAACGUGUAUCAUGGCUUGGGUGUGGGUUGUCACGGCGUGGGUAGGGAUGAAGUAUUUCAGACAUGCAAAAAUUAGUGGUGAUUGA